GGCCGGGGCUGACGUCGGCAGAGUCCGGAGUCUCCUAGGCGGAAGAGGGCUCUCCCCUCUCUGGUCGCCUUCACCAUGAUCCACAGUCUCUUCUUGAUCAACUCCUUGGGGGACAUUUUCCUGGAGAAGCACUGGAAAAGUGUGGUCAGCCGUUCCUUGUGUGAUUACUUUUUCGAGGCGCAGGAGAGGGCCACGGAGGCAGAGAACAUGCGGGUCAUCCCCACGCCUCACUACCUCCUCAGUGUGUACCGCCACAAGAUCUUCUUCGUGGCGGUGAUCCAGACGGAGGUCCCGCCCCUGUUCGUCAUUGAGUUCCUUCACCGAGUAGUGGACACCUUCCAGGGUUAUUUUGGAGUGUGCUCAGAGCCAGUGAUCAAAGACAAUGUGGUCGUUGUUUAUGAGGUGUUGGAAGAGAUGCUGGACAACGGGUUUCCACUGGCUACCGAGUCCAACAUCCUCAAAGAACUGAUAAAGCCUCCCACCAUCCUGCGAACAGUAGUCAACACCAUAACAGGAAGCACCAAUGUGGGAGACCAGCCUCCAACUGGACAGCUGUCGGUGGUGCCGUGGCGGCGGACUGGCGUGAAGUAUACCAAUAACGAGGCUUACUUUGAUGUGAUUGAAGACAUCGGUGCUAUUAUUGAUAAAUCAGGCUCCACCAUCACUGCCGAGAUCCAGGGGGUCAUGGACGCCUGUGUCAAGCUGACGGGAAGGCCAGACCUGACGCUGUCCUUCAUGAACCCCAGGCUGUUGGAUGAUGUCAGCUUCCACCCUUGCGUCCGGUUCAAGCGCUGGGAAUCGGAGCGGAUCCUCUCCUUCAUCCCUCCCGACGUCAACUUCCGCCUGCUCUCUUACCAUGUCAGUGCGCAGAAUCUGGUCGUGAUUCCCGUGUACGUGAAACAUAGCAUCAGCUUCAGGGACAGCAGCGCCCUGGGCCGCUUUGAAAUCACAGUGGAGCCCAAGCAGACGAUGGGGAAGACCGUAGAGGGGGUGCUGGUCAGCAGCCAGAUGCCCAAGGGCGUCCUGAACAUGAGCCUCACGCCAUCACAGGGCACGCACACCUUCGACCCCGUGACAAAGAUGCUGUCCUGGGAUGUAGGAAAAAUAACCCCCCAGAAGCUGCCGAGUCUCAAGGGGACCAUGAGUCUUCAAGCCGGGGCGCCCAAGCCCGACGAGAACCCCACGGUUAACCUGCAGUUUAAGAUCCAGCAGCCGGCCAUUUCCGGACUCAAAGUGAACCGCCUGGACAUGUAUGGCGAGAAGUACAAACCCUUUAAGGGCAUAAAGAACAUGACCAAAGCCGGAAAGUUCCAAGUUCGAACCUGAGAGACGGAGAGAGUUGCCCGGGAACAGUCACGAACUCUUUUUCAUUUCUUCCUUGUCUAAAAGUUUAAAAAA